CGCUCAAAAAGCCCAAGUUAUUAAAAAAACUGAAACAAGGUCGACCUGCAAAAGGGUCGCACGAAAUGGUCAAGUAACAAAGUGAGAGCCGCCGAGAAUGCACGGGGCCGGCGAGCAGCAGCAACGUUACAGAUAUAAUGCUCGAAGUGAUGAGCAACACCAUCAUCCAUCGACGUCUUCUCACCAAUACCAACAGCAGGGUGCUCGACAGAUGCACCAGAUGCAUCCGAUCCAGGCGACGCUGAUGUGCACCCCCACCACCACCUCAGCAGCAGCAUCAACUUCCUCGUCGGGCGGUAGCAAUAGUAGUGGUGGAAGUGGUGGUCACCGUCAGCAGGGGAACAUUCUUCGCAUCGGAAAUUCCAUCAAAAUCGGUGACAACAUUUUGGAGCCCGCAGGGACUCUGGUGUUCUCACAAGCCGACGGGACGCCGUGGACUGGGCAGAGGAUCGUGGUAAACGGGAGUACACAUGCGGUUGUCAAAGCCAAUCUCUUUCCAAUUGGCACAACACCGCCCGUGCUCAACAUGCAGUCCAAUCAAAAUUGGUACAUGAAUCAGCCGUCCGGUACAGUUCCGAUGUCAAGUAAUGCACCAGCAACAACGUCGUCUGCAACUCCUGAUUCGGGAAUUCAAAGUGUUCCGACGUCUCCGCCAAGUCCGAGCUAUGCAAUGAUGAAUGAUGUGGAUAUAGGUGAUCAUGACGAUGAAGAAGACGAUGAUGGUCCAGCUGAUUUCACAGAUAUGCCACUGUUGAAACCAGUAGAUGAGGAUGAUGAUUGUUAUGAUGUUCCUUGUACAAGCGAAGGACCUCCACCAAACAAUUCCAACCCAGCAAUUACUACAAUUCCAUCGUCAUGCUCAACACCUGCACCACCAAAGGAAUCACUUCCAACUGGAAUGAAUGUAGAGGAGUGGGGCUCUUUUCUCAUUGCGUCAAACAUGGAUCGCGAGGAAAUUGUUCGAAGGCUUAUGGCGCAUGAUCCAGAAAUGGCCAAAGCAAUCGCAAUGCGUAUCAGAGAGCUGAGUGCUGAGGAGUCGAAGAAAAAGAAAGAUAUGGAGGCUGAAGUCUCGUCGACAACGCCGACGACUCCACGAGCAAGAGGCACAAGGACAAGGAAUAAGUGCGCAACUAGAAGCACUAAUUCUCCUGAUGUAACAACGAGUAAUUUGCCUGAAGAACCAAGCACAUCGACGAUGGGAUUAGUGAAAGAGAAUGAAGACGUCGAAAAGGUUGAAGGGAAGAGAAGAGGAAGAAAACCAAAAAAGAGACGGGGUUUUCAUAAGGAAAGUUUUGAGGACUUGGAGUCAGAUGCUAAAAAGUCAAAGGCUGAACAACAUGAAGAUCACUUGCCAGAAGCUUCAUGCUCUUCUCGUCCAGAAUCUGUCAUUCCCCCACCAGUUGAUCCCAUUCAAUUCCGACUGAAAGUUCGUGAAAUGAUGGAGAGAAAGUUGGAGCAACUAACUCAGAAAAUGAGUGAAGACAUGACAGAACUCAGACUCUCUCACCUUACAUCAUCCAAAAUGGUGAAUGGAGAACGAGGAAAGCGACGUGAGUCGUUCCUCCGACAACUCAACGAGCAGAGCAAGAAGUUGAGAAAAGGUGGAAUGCUGGGAAGAAAGAGACUGAGGAUGUUCAUGACAGAAUCCGAUAUAUUGGAAGAGAACAAGGAUAAUAUAAAGAAGGAAGUGAAGGAAGAGAGCACACCACCACCGACAAAAUUGAGAGGUCGUCUACCAUCGAGAAGAACUCGAGAACCAUCGGAAAUUGUGAAUCCCGAACCAGUGGAGAAGAAGUUCAACGGAGAAUACUUUGAAAUAACUAAAAGUGUUCCCUCAUCAGAUGAUAUUAUUCCUCUCUGGAUGGCUCCUAGUCUAACAUGUGGGUGCACAAAAGGUGCAUGCACAUCUGACAUGGACUGUCUGAAUCGAGCAUUGAGAGUUCAGUGUAGCAGUGAUUGUUCUGUGCCGUAUUGCUCGAAUCGACGAUUCUGGAAGGAAGAUUGUGGAAACAAGCUCUGUGUUUCAAAUGGGCCACGGUCCAAGAGAGUGCUCAAGACAAAAAUCGCUAGACGAGCUGGAGAGUUUUUGUGUGAAUACGCUGGUGAAGUGAUCACAAGGGAACAAGCUCAGGAGAAGUUUGCUCAAGAUCGGGACCCGAGAAUUAUUGCGAUAGCUGCUCAUUUGUUCGUCGAUGCAACCAAACGAUCGAACAUUGCUCGAUUCAUCAAGCAUUCUUGUAAACCAAACUCUCGUCUCGAAGUUUGGUCGGUGAAUGGAUUCUAUCGGGCAGGUGUUUUUGCAUUGUCUGAUUUGAAUCCAAAUGCUGAAAUAACUGUUGACAAGAGUGAUUUGUUGCCGUUCGACAUGGCCUGCAACUGCGGAGCAACUGAAUGCAAACGAGUUAUUCGAGGAGUCAGAUGGAGAUGUGCUGAUCCGAAUGAGAAGAUUGUGACCCGACGGUUUGUGAUCAGAAAUCGAAGGAAAACUAUUGAAAGAUCUUCGCAUUCGGGACUUCCUGCUAUUCUGCAAACUCCAAUGGAUGAGAACUCAUCGAUUCGGUUAAAAAUGAAGCAAGUACUGGCUGCAUUUGCAUUCCGUGUUCGAAAAAUCGAUGGAUCCAUGUCUCGAACCAUGCUUCCGCAUUACACAUUAAUUAUAAAAUUCUUGAAGACCAAAGGAAAUAAUCCGAAUCCUGUGGAAUUUGUCUCUUUAUUCCGAAAAUGGUUGGAAGCGAUUGAUGAUGAUGACUUGGAACGAGCGUUUGUAGCAAUCGAAUCCCACUACAUGUCAUCUUCAAUUCUCUCGUCAUCUCUUCAAUCGAAAAAGGCAAAAGACAAUGCUCCACGAGCACGAGCACUCUCAACUUCUUGCCCAUCACCAGUUCCAUCGAAGCGUGGCGACGCUGAUUUGUCUUAUCUCGAGUCUUUGUAUCCGAUUGGCUCCUACGAUCCCGACGAUGCUUGGGAGUCGUACAGUACCAACAAAAAAGGAAACGCGGUUCGAUGCAUCUGUGGAGCACUUGACGAGGAAGGAACAAUGGUUCAAUGUGAUACCUGUCAUUUCUGGCUUCAUGUCGACUGUUGCCAAUAUGUCGUUAGAAGUAAUGAAAAGGCUCAAAAAUCAAAAAACCCGCCGUCAGACGAUGGCGAGUACAUUUGCGACUUUUGCACGAACAAACAGAAUGGACUACGACCAUCGGCAGACGUUAAACUCACUGAACAACCAGAUGUUCGAUUUGAGAACUGUGAUUACUAUAGAUCAUUGAUCAAUCGUCGUGGUAUUCAAGUGGUUUUGAAUGAAACGGUCUAUGUGAAUCGUGUACUACCCGAGGAUCACAAGGCUAUGCUUCGAAAUCUCCGAGAGGAAAAGAAAGGUUCAAAGCAAAAAGAUACAAACAAAUAUCGAUUCCCCAAAGCUGCAACAUCUCCAUUGCCCAUUGAGAAAGUGGAUCGGAAGAAUGCAAGAAUAUUCCGUGUCGAAAGAUUAUUCGUUUGUCCUGGAAACAAUCGCUUCGUUUUCGGAUCCUUCUACGCGUGGCCUCAUGAAACUUAUGCAGAUGCUGGACGAGUAUUCAGUAAGAAGGAAGUGUUUGCAACUCCAUAUUAUGAGACUCUUCCACUCGAUGAGGUAAUCGGUAGAUGUCUCGUAUUGGACACUGCAACAUGGUGCAAGGGAAGACCAAAAGUUCCAAAGUUCAAAGAAGACGACGUGUUCCUUUGUGAGAUGCAAAUUGGAAAGACUCAACGAGUGUUUGAAAAGGUUCCACCGAAGAACAGAUAUCCAAUCAACACGAAUUCAUAUGUUUUCACAGAGUUUACGCAUCCAAAGAAGGUUGUCCGAGAUUUUAGACCGUACGAUCCAUCGAAUCCAUCUCCAAAACCGCCAAAAACCUCAUCCAUUCCAUCGACAUCCUCCAUCGAUCCUCCACAAUCAUCGUCCGAUGGUCUUCCAGAAGUGGACACCAAGAAAUUAUCCAAAAGACAUAUACAACGAGUACUGAAGCGUCUCGUCAAAAAUGGAUCAAGACGAUCCUGAAUCUGUACAUCUCUCAUUUUCUCCUCAUUAUCAGAUAUCAUCAUUAGUUUACAACAGUUCACGAGUUGUGGUUUUAGUCCGGUGAUACUACAACACACUAGUACGUGCCUCACCCACAUUCCAUCAGUUUUUGUUUCGUUUUAUGUGAUAUAAUCUCUCACUCUCUCUCUCGUUUUUUCCAUCAAGCAAACCUUGAUCCUUCUGUUAGAAAAAUGUAGCUAUAAAAUACAAUUCUUUUUGAUACAAACAAGCAUUCUACUCACUAUCAAGUGCCACUUUAUUUGCCUGUCUCUAAUCUUUAUCCACCCCCCCCCC